AUGACCACACGCCCCUACCUCGCAGUAGCAAUCUAUCACCCCCGAUACGGCAACUUCCAGCACUGGGCUCUACACCUGCACACCUCAUCCCAGGACUACAUCUAUGAAGUAGACGGCGAGCACCCAAGUUUCGAAAAAGCCACAUCAACAGGCCCUCCCUCCGACUCAGAUACAUUCAUCAAGUCCAUCUUCGUCAGCGAAGUCGGAGAUCCCGAUAUUCCCACCAUCCAAGCGAUCAUCGACGCCGCCCGAGUAGAUAACAAGACGCUCGAAUGGGACUGUCAGGAGUAUGUCUUGGAGAUCAUAGAGGUGUGUGAACAGGAAGCCGUGCUAGAGGACGACGAUGCAGAGUAUGGGGAAGCGAAGGAGACGUUAAAGAAGAAGCGAGGACCCAUGCUAUGA